AUGGAAAUGGAGGAACAAUCAAAUAGUAAUUCACACAGUCAAGCCCAGUAUUUAGAGACUGAAUUGACCAAGAAGCUUCAAAAUGUGGUUGUAGAAAUGCCUCAAGUGAAUGAGCAAUGCAUUUAUAAAGUACCACAAAAAUUUCGCGAAGGUAAUCCCAAAGCCUUUACUCCUCAAGUUGUUUCCAUUGGCCCGUUUCACAAACAGUGUGACUUUAAUGGAGAGAACAACACUUUGAAGCGAAUGGAAGAACUCAAACUGGAAUAUCUCCAGAGAUUUCUAAAUCGAAACAGGCAGUUAAGUAUAAAGAAUGUGUUUCAAGAACUUAUUGAGAAGGAAAACCGAAUUCGAAGUUGUUAUGCAGAGCCUAUUAAUUGCAACAGUAAUGAUUUCUUAACUAUGACUCUAGUUGAUGCUUGUUUUUUAAUUGAGCAUUUUCUUAGAUUUUAUACAGACUUGGCUUCGAUUGAAAGAGACCUUUUGUCAAAAUCAUGGUUGGUAAAUGAUGUUAUUCAUGACCUGACACUACUUGAAAACCAACUUCCUUUCUUUGUUCUUGAAGACAUAUUCAACUCUGCUAAACCUAGCAUGAUAGUUGAGUUUCCCUUUAAGCAUGUUGAUUACAUGGAUGAAUUCAUUGGCCCUAUAAGAGAUGUUGAGUCUCUCUCAUUUCUUAGUAUUACCUUUCACUAUUUUAGGCGAUACAACUAUAUGAACAUAAAUGAAAACACAAUUGAGAGUCCAAAACACUUCACUGAUCUUCUAAGAACUUUCAUGCAACCAUCAAAAAUUCCUCAUGAAAGACUGAAAGUAGGUUAUAUGGUUAAACAUCUACCGAGCGCAAGCCAACUAUCAGAGGUGGGUUUGGUAUUCAAGGCUACUUCUAGCAAAUGCUUGUUUGACAUCAAAUAUCACCAUCAUAGGGGUGUAAUGGAAAUGCCAUGCUUAACUGUUGAAGACAGAACUGAGACAUUGUUCAGGAAUAUACUGGCAUUAGAGCAAUGUCACUACAUACUUUCACCCAACAUUACUCAGUACUUAUUCUUUCUUGGUUUUCUUCUCAACACUGAAAAAGAUGUGAACUUACUAAUUGACAAGAAAAUUAUAGUCAAUUGGAUGGGUGAUGCUAGUGCUGUGGCCAAAAUGUUUAACAAUCUUUGCUCAAAUGUUAUUGUGUCAUAUAUUAGUGAAGAGUAUUGUACACUGUAUGAUGACUUGAUUAAAUUCCAUGAAAAUCCUUGCAACAAGUACAAGGCUAUCUUUUAUCAUGAGUACUUCAACACUCCAUGGAAAAAGGCAUCUACAACAGCUGCAGUUCUACUGAUUUUACUUACUCUAAUUCAAGCUGUUUGUUCAGUCAUCUCAUUAUUUUGA